AUAACCAAAGAUGUUUUCUGCUCGGUGCGCACUCAAGCCUGUGCUGUUUGUUUUCUCCUUCUGAGGAAACCUUUGCGUUCCCAAAUCUUAAGAGAAAUGGAAGAAAUUCCUUCAGAUCCCCCAAUCCAACAACACUCGAAGAAAAUCAGGUACUCCUCUGGUCCAUUCGCCACUCUCCCAUCAGAAAUCAUUUUAGAAAUCCUGUUAAGACUCCCCAUAAAAUCACUCUUGAAAUUCAGGUGUGUUUCAAAAUCAUGGCUUUCCCUAAUCUCCAGCCCACAAUUCAUAAAAACCCAUCUAAAAAAUUCAACAAAUGACCCUAAUUUUACCUUCCAUAGGAUCAUGUUUACUAUCACGUACCCACGCUUUAAUCUCAAGGAUUGUUCGAUUAGGUCUUUGUUAUAUGAGCCUUUGACUGAGGCGGUUACAAUUCGCUAUCCGAGGAAACAUCCGCGUAGGUCUGUUUGGGUAGUUGGUUCUUGCAAUGGACUUAUUUGCAUUGCAAUAAAUGAGAAAAAUUUGUUCUUGUGGAACCCAUCUGUGAAAAAAUCCAAGAAAUUGCCCGAUGUAGACGUCCCAAUGGGGCGAGGUUUUUACAUCGUACAUGGGUUUGGUUUUGAUGAGACCACCGAAGAUUAUAAGGUUGUGGGGAUUUUCUGUGCGUUUGGAAAGGCGGGUGGGUGUGAGACAAUGGUAAAGAUUUAUAGUUUGAAGACUAACUCUUGGAGGAGGAUCGAGGAUUUUAAGGGUGGAGUGCCUUUGGAUGAUUCGGGCAUGUUUGCGCAGGGGAAGCUCCACUGGUCUGCUAGUCCCGGGGAGGGGUUCAGUUCUGCGUGGGAUAUUGUUUCUCUUGAUUUAGAGAGGGAGAUAUAUGGUAUGGUAGAGCAACCAAAUUAUGGGGAAGGAAAUUUUACCUCAGUAUUAGGGGUUCUAGGAGAAUGCAUUUCCGUGCUUUGCAAUUAUCAGAAAACUCGUGCAGAUGUGUGGGUUUUGAAGGAGUAUGGGGUUAAAGAGUCUUGGACUAAAGUUGUUUCCAUUCCUUACAUCGAUGAUCCUGGGAAAUAUAUGUACUCAAUACCAUUGUGCAUACUUCCGAAUGGGGAAGUUCUAUUGGCCCUUGGGUCGUCCAUUGUAGUUUACAACCUGAAAGAUAAUUCUUUUAGGUUUCCCAAGAUUACUAAUGUGAAUGAUUUCCUUGGAGCAAUUACCUAUGUUGAAAGCUUAGUUUCACCUGAUGCUGAUGGUGAAUGACAGGAAAGGUAAGUCAAAGGUAUUGAAUGGCAUAUUACGUGGUUUUUGCACUUGUCUUACCUUCGUAUACUCAUUUUUAAUACCAUGAAUCUUCUUUGUUUUAUUGAACUUA